AUGGAUAGAAAGACUAACAGACAAUACGUAGCGCCAGGAUUCUUGGAAGAUGCAGACGAUACAGCGAAAACAACUCUGUCACUCAAUCUGCUAGGCCGUGCAACACCACCAGAUCGUAUGAUAGCUAUCUUUGAAGCUGACCACCACUUCAAAACAUUUGCAUGGGAGCGAGAUCCCAAGUUCAGUGCCAAUUGCAAUAUCUUGAAUGCACUGCUCUAUGCGCCAAAGCCAGGAAAAUACGUAGCCCAAAUUUACAAAGCCGCAAACUUCCUAUGCAAAUUAUGGUACCAAGGAGAAGUGAACGACAAAUGGAAUCCCUCGCCCCAAUACUCGAAAAUGCUCCUAACCCAGGCACUUGUGCGGAUGCUUGAGCUGUGGCAGGACGGAAGCCUCAACGGGAGCAUAGAACACCACCGUGAAUCUGCCGGAAUCGCAACGUACGCUGUGUUGACCCUGACAAAGCUAUCGUCUCUUCCAUGGCUCCGGACACUAGGAACCGACGUCUCGGUAGCUGUCGAAGCAGGUGGAGGUUCCGUCCGGACAAUCAUGAACAACCUCCUCGUGAAGCAAGAACCUCUCUGGAUCGACCAUGGAAAGACCCAGUCCUUAGCCUAG